ACACACCGACUACUCUUAAUGCCCCUAAACUUUAGGUUAUUUACAUUAAUACCAUCUCUCCUUCCGCACAGCAUUUUCCUGUGCACCAUAUGCUGGGGGGUAUUGUGGUAUUUUUGAGGUCAUAGCAGACGCAUUUACGUAGAGCCGUUAUGCCCUUGGGGCUUACUCGGAGUCGUCGUCGAAAAGCCCGGCCACUCCGUGCCCUAGAAACCCUCGCCGGAAUCCUAGCUUUACUUCCUCCUGACGCGCCGCCGCCAUGGUUCCGCCUCCCCCUUCCUCCCGGAGCUGGAGCAUCUACGGCCGGUCGGAGAUCACCCAGCGAUACGAGAUCCUGGAACGCAUCGGCUACGGCGCCUAUGCCGACGUCUACCGCGCCUGCCGGCGGUCGGACGGCGUCCUGGUAGCCCUCAAGGAGAUCCACGACUACCAGAGCUCGUUCCGGGAGAUCGAGGCCCUCCAGAUCCUCCGGGACUCUCCCAACGUCGUCGACCUCCUUGAGUACUUCUGGCAGGAGGACGAGGACGCCGUCCUCGUCCUGGAGUUCCUCCCCUCCGACCUCGCCUCCGUCAUCCGCGACGCCAAGAGGGGCGGCGGCAUCGCCGUCGGCGAGGUCAAGCAGUGGAUGCUCCAGAUUCUGCGGGGGGUCGGCGCGUGCCACCGGAACGCAGUGGUCCAUCGGGAUCUCAAGCCGUCCAAUCUGCUCAUCUCCUCCCAGGGGAUUCUCAAGCUGGCGGAUUUUGGGCAGUCAAGGAUACUUGAGGAAACUAGAUUUAUCUCCACAAACGGUAGUCCACAUCAACAAGGUUCAGAGAUUGAGGCAUGGAUACCACAACAGCCUGCAGACGUGCGGGUGGGAAACCAGCCAUGGCUAGAUGGACCUGAAAACCAGAAUUCUCUGGAGCCGAGACCUACCAACGAGGAUGAAUAUCUGCGGGAGUUGGAUGACCUCAAGGCAAAAUAUGCAAUGGAAGACACUGAUAAGGAGAUGAGUCUGCAAGAUUGUGAUGCAUCUUGUCUUGCCACGUGUAGUACUGGGGAUGUGGAAGAUGAUCCCUUCAAAGGCUCCUAUACUUAUGAGGUAGAAGAGGUUAAAGAAGAUGAUGAAGCCGGUGCCCUCACCUCAUGUGUUGGAACACGGUGGUUCAGAGCUCCGGAGCUUCUCUAUGGAUCCACAAAUUAUGGGAUAGAGAUUGACCUCUGGUCGCUAGGCUGCAUUUUUGCUGAACUUCUUAGUUUUGAACCUCUCUUCCCAGGGACAUCGGAUAUCAAUCAGCUUGGUAAAAUUAUUACCGUCUUGGGAGACUUAACCGAAGAAACAUGGACAGGUUGCUCCAAGUUACCUGAUUACAAUAAGAUCUUCUUUAGUAAAGUUGAAAACCCAACUGGUUUGGAAGCAUGUCUGCCAAAUCGAUCAGCUGCUGAAGUUAAUCUCGUAAGGAGGCUUCUUUGCUAUAAUCCAGCUAGUAGAGCUGCAGCAAUGGAGCUGCUUCAAGACAGAUACUUUGCUGAAGAGCCUCUGCCUGUUCCUGUAAAUGAGUUGACAGUUCCUUCCAUAAAGGAUGGGCACGACGAGAGCUCUCCAGGAGAAUGGGCUGAUUACAGGGAUUUGGGUUCAGAUUCUGAUAUUGAUGAGUUCGGCAGCAUGGAUGCGACAACCAUUGAAAAGGGUUUCUCUAUAAGGUUCUCGUGAUGCAGCCAACCUCAAUUAGUAUUUUUUGUAUAUUUUCGUUGUGUUGACCAGAUAGGCAUGCAAAAAUUUCAUAAACCUUAACUGUAUAUGCAUGGGGAAGGCUGAUGAGGAGCUGUGUUUAUAGUAAUCAAUGAUGCUGAAAAAACAUAAUUGCAAUUUUCUCCAGUAAUGUUCGAAUCAAUCGGAUGGGAAAAGUUGUAUAGAAACUUGGGAUUGCAGAGA